CAAACACAUGCGAAAACAUCCCCACUACAGUAAGUGCCUCCGCGGGCUGGGUAUUGUGAUUAUUUCUCGCACGGCUCGAGGAGCUCAUUCACGUAAAUCAGUGCAAAUAUAAAACAUCUUCCGCUCGCGCAGUUAGCUCGUUCCAACGAUUGGUCGCGCAGUAGAAGGAAGUGCGUAUCCUGGGUGUGCGCUCCGGGGUUGUGGUGAAGAAGAACAAACGAACGUUGAGGGAAGCAUUUUUUUUUGCGACGUUCGGGGGGGUAAAAAAAAUCUGAGUGAAAAGUGUGAAAAGGUUUACGAAUUAUCGCCCGCAAAGUUUAGCUCCUCAGCUUUAGCGGUACCGUAUUGUUUGCGGAAAGAAAACGAGUGCGUGUGUUGUUGGUGGAAGUUUGGUGCUUCUUCACCCCUUUUCACAACUGCAGAUACAACGUGCUUCAGCAACAAAGAAGGGGGGAUGCGAGUGUGAAAAACCACCCAACUGCGGACAUUCCCCGUUGCCAGGUGAUUGCGUUGUGUGUGGCGUGUUUGCUUGGAUGCUGCGCGUGGCACUGGCGGGCGGUGACGAAUACCGUGUGUGAUUGUGUCCGGCUGGUGUCCGAGUGAUUGUCAACACAGAGCAGUGUGUCCCCACGGUGUGUCGUAUGGGAAGCACAUUCCUCUGUCCGAAAAUUGUCCUCCUCACGCGACAAACAGCACCUGCGGAAGUGUGUGAGAAAACGUGACGUGAGUACGCAAGAGUUGUGUGCUGGUGUGAGAGGGAGAGAAAAAAAGUGAAAUUAACCUACUUCCACGGCCGCGAACGUGACGCGUGUCUGCGUGUGUGUGUGUGUUUGUAUGCGGUUCGAUGUCAUCACAAAAAUAUGCAUACGAGAUUGGGCAACUGUUGAAGAAUUUGAAUGCGACCACUAGCAACAUACCGCCAGAAAAUAGCUCCACCACAGCAACCAUGCCGGCGGACCAGCAGCACACUCACACCAACCCCACCACCACCGCUCACGGCGUGCUCGGCUGGAGUUGCGAAAACGUAAGCGACUGGGCGCGGAAGGAGGGCCUGUCGCGGUGCAUCAUCGAUUGGAUCGCCCGGGAGGACAUCGAUGGGCGCUGUCUGCUCGCGAUUACCGAACAGGAUGUGCACGAUCUACCGCAACACUGUGCCUCGCCGCUGCGCUUUGGCGACAUUAAACGCUUCUGGUUUGCCACGCGGCUCCUGCAGCGGCAACAUUUGGCCACGACGGGCCCGCUAGGUUUGGCGGGACUGUGGACGCCCGACUACAGUAUGAACGAUAUCGCCUCCUCCGUCGGACACCAUCAUCCGAUGCAUCAUCAGCCUCACCACCAUCAGCAGCAGCAGCAGCAACAUGCUGGCAUGGGAACGCCCCAUCAUCAUCCACAUCCGCAUCCACAUCAUCAUGCGUCGCAGCACCAUCAUCACCAUGCCGCCUCGCUGCUGUCCAGCAUGGGCACCAGCUACGGUUCGGUCGGGUACAGCUACAGCGACCUGGAGCGCAUCUCCCCGCCAAUGUCCAUCGACGGGUGCGCCACGUGCAUUCAGCCGGAAUUUUUCAAAACCAUGAUAAGUUUAGGAUACGCCUUUCUCGUUACCUGGAUCACCGCGUUCGUGAUGGUGGUGGUGCACGAGCGGGUGCCGGACAUGAAGAAAUAUCCACCCCUGCCGGACAUCUUCCUGGACAAUGUGCCGCACAUACCGUGGGCCUUCCACAUGUGCGAGGUAACCGGCACGAUACUGUUCUGCAUCUGGAUAUGCGUACUGGUAGUGCACAAGCACCGGAUGGUGCUGUUGCGCCGGUUCUUCGCCCUGGCUGGUACCGUGUUUCUGCUGCGCUGCGUAACGAUGCUGAUUACGUCCUUGAGCGUACCGGGAACCCAUCUGGAAUGUACGCCGCACGAUCACAAGUUCGACGACAGCAACGUGCGCAUAACGGAAAUGAUCUAUCUGCGAAUCAGCCGUGCCUACACCAUCUGGAGCGGGCUCGGCAUGUCCAUACAGGGCGUCCGCACAUGCGGCGACUACAUGUUUAGCGGCCACACCGUCGCCCUCACGCUGCUAAACUUCUUCAUUACCGAAUAUACGCCCCGGAACCUGUACUUCCUGCACACGCUCACCUGGCUGCUGAACAUGUUUGGCAUCUUCUUCAUACUGGCCGCCCACGAACAUUACUCAAUCGACGUGUUCGUGGCGUUCUACAUAACCUCGCGACUAUUUCUGUACUAUCACACGCUAGCUAACAAUCAGGCAAGUGCUUUUUGUUGUUGUUGUUGUUGCGGUGCAGUUGUGUUGAUGAUAAAUCGUAUUGAUGAUUUGUUUGUUCCUCAUUUUGUUUUUACCGCCCCACAGGCCCUCAUGUCGCACGAUUCCAACCGUACACGCAUAUGGUUUCCCAUGUUCAGCUACUUCGAAAGCUCGGUCGACGGUAUCAUCCCGAACGAGUACGACACGGUGUACGGCGUGGUGUACAAGAUCUUUGCCUGCGUGCUGUACGUGAAGGACGUGUGCAUGCUCACCGCCCGCCGGUUCUGGAUCACCAACAUCGACGGGCCGGCCGGCGUACUGCGGACGAAGGUGGUACUGCUGCAGCACCUGCACCUGCAGCAGAAGCAGCAAGGCCAUGCGCAACCGCCAGCAUCGUCCAGUGCCGGCGAUGAGCCGGACCUAGCUGGCAACGGGGGCAAAGACGGCGGAACGGUGGAACCGAAAGCACCACAGCUACCGAACAAUCUCGACAGUGCGGCACAACCAAAAAACAACACCGGCAGCAACCGUACGCCGGAACGAAAGCCCGUCAAGUGUAACAACAUCAUCGGCGCGGACGUGGACGUGGCCAGCUUGAAGCGCAAAUCGUUCGGCAACAUUAGCGCGACGCUGCCGAAAAGUGUGAACGAAUCUUUGAAGCUGAACAACAAUAAUAACAAUAAUAACAACAUUAACAACUACCAUCUGCCUUCGGCCGCCGCGGUAAGCAAUGGCAAUGGGACUGGGAGUGAGGCGAGUGGACCAAAGGACAACACCAAGAAGGAGCUGUAGGAGCACUUUACUUUGGCGAUGAAGAGGCUUUUCUGAAAGCUUCCUAUAUGCGGUGGAAGCUUUCCCUCCACGGUAGUUUCUAUUAAUUUAAUUUAAUUAUCAGGGGUUACACUAAAGACAUCGUUUAUUCGUUGCAUUGCUCGGGGCUUGUCGUAGUGAGGGAAGAAACGGAUACUAUACUAUAGUCUGUAAUGUUGUGUACUUCGUUUGCUGUUAUGUCUAUCAUUGGUUGCGCAUAAACUGCUGUUAUAGAUGUGAGGAAACGCCAACAGUAUGGUAACGUUAACGAUGUUACCUAGCCACCGCGCAAGUGUUGACAUGAGGAAAAUCCUAUUCCCGAAAGGAUUUUUCGUACAAACGAUCAAAUAGGACCACCGCGCAACAAGGUGUGUGGUUCGUGCGUAACAGAGAGCACUGGAAACUGUUUGUGAUAUUGUUUUGUUUUUUAAUCAGAUAGUAAUGCCGUCAGCCAUUGCCCGUUGAUUUUCGUGAAUGUUGGCCGUUCGUUCGCGUGCGCGGUUUUAUCUUCAUCCUCGUAGUUAAAUCCUCAUGUUUUCAUGUUAUCACCAGUUCGCUCUUAUUUAUUGUCAUUCCGCAGGUUGAUUUAAGUGUGGAAGUGCUUUUUUGUUUGUUUGUUUUAGGAUUAAAUAUGUAUUACUUUUACAUCUACUUGCGUCCGCUAGAGGCAAACAACUAAGAAAUCAAACGUAGUACCGACGAAAUGUGGUUUGGUGUAACAAGAAAGAUAGAGAGAGAGAGCGUUGCGUUAGACCGUUUACAAAAGCUAGAUACUUUAACAACUUCUCAAGUCCAGUGCAGCAUUAUUGGGUAUGAAUUAAGGCAAAAUGGGAAGCUAUCAACCGGUGUAAUACUAGUCGAGAGUCGAGUGCGAUUGGGCACUGAUAUAUAAUACAGCACAGAAGUAAUAGUUCGCUGCUUUUCUUUCGCAGCGUCCACCCCUUCUUUAGGUAGUAUGGUAAGAACUUAUUCCGUCUGACACAACUUUUCAUGCUGCAGCCUGUUGCACCAUCAGUAAUUCGGUAAUGCGUAUUGUGAUCUAAAACAUCGAUAGCCAAGCUCUUCCCUUAGGCUUUACUUAUUGCGGAGCAGCAGAAUGAAACGUUUAGAAAUUUCCGCACAUUUCCGAUUUAAGCAGAGGCUGAACCAGAACGAUGCCAAAAUUGUAAUUUACAAACGAAAAAAAGGAGGGAAACGAUUUGUUUUUCCCCUCCAACUCUUCCUUGCUCAUUUAUACAGAUUCCAACUUCUGCUAAAACUUAUUCAUACUUUACUUACCGUGAAUGAAUUCAGCAAACGCACACGCGCACAGACACACACACACACACCACUCAACUUACGAAAGCAAUAGGAGCUUGUAAUGGCACUUCAGGAAUCAAGAAUAGUAUACCUUUUAUAAAAAUACUCCAUCUUUUCUCGUGCGGGCAGAUGCAGUUGUCGAGCAGAAGGAAAAAGCGAGAGAGAUUGUUUAACGAGUAGAUUUUCCAACGAAUCGAGAAGAAAAUAAGAAAUACAGUUGCUUCAAAUAUUUGACUAAUUGAAGAUAAA